CUAAAUCCAACCGCCCACCCCACCCCUUCUCUGCCUAUAAAACCACCCUUCGACGCUUUCCGAACACUCCUUAAACGACCCCUUUGGAAAGAAAUCGCGAUUCCAUUCCUCAGAGCUUUCCAGAUUUCUAGAGAGAGAGAAAGCGCAAGAAAAUCAAUCACCCUCUCAUUUCGCCUGAAAAUUUAAAAUUUUCUCGGUAAAUAAAGAUAAAACACGCUCGGAGAUCUUUAAUGAUCGGAACAUGGAGUAGAAUAGGUUUCUAGGGUUUCGAUCUGUGUUUGUUUGUUCGUUUGCCGCAAACGUUUCAAUUUCGGAUUCAGUUAAUUAACGCACAAGGUAUUUGAGAGGAAUAGCGAAAUAUCUAGGGUUUUCUAGGGUUUGGUUUCGAUUUAAUUGGUGGAGAAACGAUGAACGAUCAGUCGCAGAUUAUGAAUAAGCAGCCUCCGCAGAUGAUGAACCAGAUGAUGAGCCAGCCUCCGCCUCCUCAGAUUCAGAUGAUGGCUCAGUCCCAGGCGCUGAGCCAGUCUCAGCAGCCGCAGAUGAUGAUGCUGAAUCGGAGCUACAACAAUCAAGUAUGGCCACAACAGGUGGCUUCGAUGGAUCAUCCUAACAAGAAGUUCCAGAGCUCUUCUUCUUUGAAGCCGAAUUAUGUGAUGACGGCCUCGAAGCCGUCGAUGAAGCCUGGACGAGGCAAUUGGAAGGGUAAGAAGGUUCCUGAUAAGCGCAAGGACCUAAGGAGGAUGGAGAAACCGAUGUCCAUGCCGAUGUCAGUGCAGAUGCCCAACACGGCGGUGAUAAGCGGUCCGAGUAGCAGUGGAGGGUACAAACCCCCAACUCUUCAGGAAUUGCAGUCACAGAAUAGGCUGAAAGCCCGGAAAUUCUACCCUAAGAAGAAAUUUAACAACAAUAGGUUCGCGCCUUACGCGCCUAGGAACACGACGUCGUUUAUAAUCAGGGCGAAGAAGGCGGGAGGGAUUGCCGAGCUGGUGUCGCCGUGUGCUGUGACGCCUGCGGUGCUGCCAACUCCGAUGUUCUCGCCGUCGAGGGAGGUGCUAGGGGAUAUGGCCAAGGAGGAGUGGGGUGUGGAUGGGUAUGGAUCGAUGAAAGGGUUGAUUCGGCUGCGAUCACCGGGUGGGAACGAGGACGAGGAGGAAGAUGAGAAUGGUGGGUCGAGUGAGAGUGAUGUUGAGGAGCACGUGGAGGUGGAGAGGAGAUUGGACCAUGACUUGAGCCGAUUUGAGAUGAUAUACCCGAAUUACAGUGGGGUUGAGUAUAACAAUGUGUUGGAGAAUAGGGUGGAUGAUCAGGAUUCACAUAUAGCGCAGUUAGAGGAGGAGAAUUUGACGUUGAAGGAGAGGCUUUUCUUAAUGGAGAGGGAGCUUGGGGACUUGAGGAGGAGGAUGCUGUUUCUGGAGAGGCAGAGCCGGGUGGUGGAGGAUGUGAAUGAGGAGGUGGUGGAGAACGGUUCUGAAAACGAAAGCGAGGGCGGGUCGGAUGCCCCUGCUAUGAUGGGUUGUGAGGUCAAUUCGGAGAUGGAGUAUGUAUCUGGAAACGGAGCCAGAGAGAGAAACGUUGAUCAUGACAAUGAUGGGGCCUCGGAUACUGAGGGUGUAGGGGAUGUUUCUAUGGAAGAAUUCGAAGAAAGGACAGAGUAUGUUUCAAAACAAGUGGUUGCAGAAAAAAAUGAGCCUAAGGAUAAAGAAAUUGGAAAGGAAAAAAUGAGAGCUGAGUUUGUAAGAGAUGAAGUCAUUGCAGUGAAGGAUGAGGCCAAGAAUGAAGAAGCAAGGAAUGAUUUGGUACCAGAUGGAGAAGUGAUUGCGAAGGAAAAUGAAGUCAAAGUUGAAACGGCGCAGAAUGAAUUUGUACCGGAUGAAGUAAUGGCAAAGGCAAGGGAUGGGUUUGUACAAGACGGAUGGGUUGCGGAGAAGGAUCAGUCUAGGAAUGAGGAACUGGGGAAUGUGUGCUCAGAGAAGAGCAUUGGCGACGGUGACUAAUCUGUCCCGCGUUAAUGUGACCUGAACUCCGGAGAAGGUGGAACUGGGAGAAUCAAUAGAAGAUCAAUUCUCCAAGCUGCAUUCUUCCCUGCCUGUGUAAACAUGAGAAUUGGGAAAGUAGGAGCUCGCCCAAUGGCAUAUUGACUGCUUUUUAUGUGCUCAUACUUUUGGUGUUGAUGCCAUAUGUAGAGUUGGUAAAAGUUGAUGGUACAUCAUAAAUAAUGUUCUUUCCGUUGGUUGUUAGACCAUUACUGCAUCUACUAUUCUUUUUCUUGCAGUAAAUACUUGUGAUCUAGGCAAACAACUUCUUGCUGCUAACCAUGGUCCAGUCGUAUUUCCCUUGGCAAGAGAUAUUGUCUGAAGAACGAAAUUUGGAAUCUCAAAAGGGGUGAAUUCAUUUGUAGUUCUAUACAGGGAGAUGCAGUUAAACAUGUUCCUGUGGUCUCGUUAUCUUGCUGGUUAGUUCUAUUUGAUGACCCACAAUUAUCAUUGAUUUUCAGAAUGCAGCCAAAUAAGUUCAAAUCUCCAGCACACCACUCAGAGGAUCUGGCAAAGAAUUCAGGUCAAGUUUGGGGUCUAUGCUGCAUAUGAAGUGAGGUAUUGCACAAAUUUCAUUCUUCCCCCAGCUUUUGUUGAAGCAUACUGUUGUGCUAUAUGGCUGUUUCAUAUCCUUUUUAGCCACGACUUUUUGUUCACUCUCUGAGCAACUUCCAGCCUUUGCACCAUCAAGUACUUCCUCCCUUUGUAGCAAGUUGCAGGGUGAGGUCGUGGGUUCAACUCCAACCGGGUGCGUGUGUUAAUCCUCACAGCCUUUGCUCUGUUGACCGUGUUUUGCGCUGUCUCUACUUAGAAGAGUAUAUAAAUACUGUUAUGCGCUUGACUCAAGUAAUUGGCAGUUCCUUUAGUUGUCUCUUUGUGCUUUAUUCUUUUUUCCUUGGCCGUUUAUGUACUGACACCAUGUUUGGUGCGAUGUUUCCUGGAUUAGGUAUAAUCUGUGGGUAUUGUCACAGGAUUGCCUGAAAACCCAUUAUUUUAUAUUAAAUUCAAGACAUUUGUUUUCUAA